AUGGACCGUUGGGCAGGUAAAGUGGCGGUUGUUACUGGUGCCAGCUCGGGAAUCGGUGCGGCAACUGUGAUAGCCCUUGCCAAGGCCGGUAUGGUCACCAUCGGCUUGGCGCGACGACUCGAACGAAUCGACGAGUUGAAGCAAAAACUUCCAACUGAAGUCGCCAAACGUCUGCACGGCAUGCGGUGCGACGUCACCAAAGAGGAGGACAUCUUGGCCACUUUUAGCGCGAUCGAAGAUCGCUUUGGUGGUGUCGACGUGCUGAUCAACAAUGCAGGUAUUGCCAGAAGCACCGUUGGUGUGCUGCAGGCCAAUAACACGCAAGCCCUCCGCGAUGUGAUCGACACCAACCUGUUAGGAUUGAUGCUGUGCAGCCGGGAGGCAUAUCAGUCGAUGAAGAAGCGUUCUGUCGACGGACACAUUGUGCAUAUCAAUAGCAUCCUGGGGCAUAAAGUACUGCCAAUGGGUACCCUCAAUGUCUACCCGGCCACCAAAUUCGGUGUAACCGCGCUGACAGAAGUUAUGCGUAAUGAAUUACGUAUGGCAGGCACAAAAAUCAAAGUCACGAGCGUCAGCCCAGGUCUAGUGCGGACAGAGAUCCUACCCAGCAGUACCGCGUUGGGGGAUAUGCCUAUCCUCGAGCCGGAAGACAUUGCGGACGCGAUUCUGUACGCGCUCGGAACCCCACAGAGGGUGCAGAUCCACGAAUUGACUAUAAAACCGGUUGGCGAGGAGAUGUAAGUCAUUGAGAUUUGCCAAAUACAUGAACAAUACAA